GGGUCGGCGUCAUGUGCGCGUUCACUGAGCUUGCUUCGAUCUCUUCCCUUUUCCACUUUUUCCUCCAAGAAGAUUCGGAUUCUCCCACCCACUGUAACGUCUCACCCAUUAAUGGAUUUCUAGCCGUUACCAAUCUCCACGAUAAUCCAUUAUUAUCCCAUUCCUAUAAAUUCCUCCUCCCAAUCAUUCUUCUUCUUCAUCAUAUCGCCUUUCCAGAUAGAUCUGUCUUCAAAUUCGGCCUCCAUUCUUAUUCCCUCUGAAUCAAUGGCCAAGCCAGCUGCCUCUCUCUCUUUUCUCCUUCUAUUCCUCUCAUUCCUUUCAGGACGAGAUUUGCUGGCCCUCAAUGCACAGAAAACGUGGUGUAUUCCGAAGCCUUCGUCGGAUCAAGCGACGUUGUUAGCGAAUAUCAAUUACGCUUGUGCACAAGUAGAUUGUAGAAUAAUGCAGAAAGGAUGCCCCUGCUCUUAUCCUGAUACUUUGAUCAACCGUGCCGCCAUAGCUAUGAGUUUGUAUUACCAUUCCAAAGGGAAGAAUCAAUGGAACUGUGAUUUUAGAGGAUCUGGUCUUGUCAUCAUCACUGAUCCAAGUUAUGGGAACUGUAUUUACCCUUGAAUUGAAGGAGUAUAGGAGGGAAUCAGUUACUUUUGCUCAAAAGCAAAUUAGUCAUAAAGUGAAUUUUAAGUAUAAAGUUUGUUUUAGAGUCUAGAUUUUGAGUAUAAAGAUUGUUUGAUCUUACUUUUUUAUAAUUGAAAGUUGUCAUGAUGUAAGUGAAAAAGAUAUCUAUUGAAAAGUUCACCGGUAAAUAAACGAAAAAGAAAACUUAUGGAUAUUAAAUUAUGGAACACA